AGCGGACUCCGGCGGGGCCGCCGCUCUCCCGGCCCGGGGACUGGUGCGCAGAGCGCGCGCAGCCGGCGGGCGGCCGCGAGCGGCACAUGGAGAGCGAGCGCGACAUGUACCGCCAGUUCCAGGACUGGUGCCUCAGGACGUACGGGGACUCGGGCAAGACCAAGACGGUGACCCGCAGGAAAUACGAGCGCAUCGUCCAGCUCCUCAACGGCUCCGAGUCCAGUUCCACUGACAACGCCAAAUUUAAGUUCUGGGUCAAGUCCAAGGGCUUCCAGCUGGGCCCGCCGGACGAGGGCCGCGGGGGCGGCGCCAGGCCGCUGCUGUACGUGCCGGUCAAGACCGCGGAUGGUGUAGGGGUAGAUGAAAAGCUCUCUUUGCGGCGGGUAGCUGUGGUUGAAGAUUUCUUUGACAUUAUCUAUUCGAUGCACGUGGAAACAGGGCCGAAUGGAGAACAAAUUCGGAAACAUGCAGGACAAAAGAGAACUUACAAAGCAAUUUCAGAGAGCUAUGCCUUCCUCCCAAGAGAAGCGGUGACACGAUUUCUAAUGAGCUGCUCAGAGUGCCAGAAAAGAAUGCAUUUAAACCCAGAUGGAACAGAUCACAAAGAUAACGGGAAGCCCGCUGUGCUGGCGCCCAGCGUGAUCGACUACAACAUGCCCAUCACCAUGGCCUACAUGAAGCACAUGAAGCUGCGGCUGCUCGGCUCCCGGCGAGACGAGGAUGAAAGUUCAAUAGAAAGUGAUGAAUUCGAUAUGAGUGAUUCAACACGAAUGUCAGCUGUGAACUCUGACCUCAGCUCCAAUCUCGAGGAACGGAUUCAGAGUCCCCAGGCUCUCCCCGGCCAGCAAGAUGAUGAUUCUGCUGCUGAGAGCUUCAAUGGCAAUGAGACUCUGGGGCACAGCUCAGUGGCUUCAGGGGGAGCACACGGCAGGGAGAUGGGUGACCCCGCCGGAGACGGCACAGCCGGGCUGGAGCAGGAGGAGCAGCCCCUGAACCUGAGCGACAGUCCCCUCUCAGCACAGCUGGCUUCAGAAUACAGAACAGAUGACCACAGCAGUCAUGGGAAAAACAAAUAUAAGAAUCUGCUAAUUUCUGACCUCAAGAUGGAACAAGAGGCAAGAGAAAAUGGAAGCAAGUCUCCAGCACACAGCUACUCGAGCUACGACUCGGGCAGAAACGAGGGCGCGGACCGCGGAGCCGAGGACCCCUCUCUUCCCCGGGGCGCUGAGGACGAGGAGGACCGCGCUGGCGCUGAGGGCGCCACCCAGACGGACGGCGUGGAGGCCGAGCGGCUGAAGGCCUUCAAUAUGUUUGUCAGGCUGUUUGUAGAUGAAAACUUGGACCGAAUGGUCCCAAUCUCUAAGCAGCCCAAAGAAAAGAUCCAGGCUAUCAUUGACUCAUGCAGGCGGCAGUUCCCUGAGUACCAGGAGCGCGCCAGAAAGCGCAUUCGGACUUACCUCAAGUCCUGCAGGCGGAUGAAACGAAGUGGUUUUGAGAUGUCUCGGCCUAUUCCCUCCCACCUCACUUCAGCAGUCGCAGAGAGCAUCUUGGCUUCAGCCUGUGAGAGUGAGAGCAGAAAUGCCGCCAAGAGGGUGCGCCUGGAAAGACCGCAGGACGAGUCUGCGCCAGCCGACAAGCUGUGCAGACCGGAGGCGGCGCCAGCCACGUGCUCGCCCGCAGCGGCGUCGGGCCCGCAGGAGGUGCUGUACAUCAACGGGAACGGGACCUACAGUCACCACAGUUACCGAGGGCUAGGAGGGGGCCUGCUGAGUCUGAACGACGCCUCCAGUAGCGGGCCCACGGAUCUCAGCGUUAAGAGGCAGCUGGCCACCAGCUCAGGGCCCUCCAGCAGCUCAAGCUCCAGACCUCAGCUGAGUCCGACUGAAAUCAAUGCUGUGAGACAGCUGGUUGCUGGGUAUCGAGAAUCAGCUGCAUUUUUACUGCGUUCUGCAGAUGAACUAGAAAAUCUUAUUUUACAACAGAACUGAGUUGAAUGCCAGUCCUAUUCACUGGGGUCUGAAUUUGCAGUUUCCACUAAUGACAUUCUGAUUGCUCAGCAGAGACUUCUGGUCUCACUGCAGUCUUUAGAGAAAUACUUCCAUCCUGCCACAUGGUCUUUGGUCCAUACAGUGAUGUGUUAGGCCCUGCAAGGGAACUCUGGCCUCUGAGAUGCUUUAAUGUGUCCAGCCUACUGCUUUUGUUUUAUUGUCACCUCAAAUACUGGGGCAAGAAAGGCUGUAUAUUCCUAAUUCAAGGAUAAAGCAGAAGAAGCCUGUGGUAUAAAGAAAUAGUUCAAGAUCCAACUGAAAUAUUGAUGGAAUUUGCUGACUUAUUGGACUGAAAGCUGCAGUAUCUGGCAAAAAAAAAAAAAAAAGAGCCAAACUUCUUGUUGCUACAGGAUAUUACAAUGAAAAGGAUCUUGUAUUUUAAAGAAAAAUAUGUAAUUUUUAUAAAAAGAAAACUUGUUUUUCAUUCAAAAUUGUCAUUUUUACUUUGGUAACUUUUUCAUAGGUCCUUAAAGAAAACUGUUUUGAGAAACUAUUGCAAGUAUAUUUUCCACGUCCCUUUGCCUUCUCUUCUUUCCAAAUUCUUUCUAAGAAAAAAAAAAACACUUGAUGCUGAGAAAAAAAAAAACAACCCCUUGUCUACAUUCUUUAAAUCAUCACUUCAGGAACUACUUCUAAGAGAAGCCUACAUUUCUGCACUUUGCUGAUCUCAAGCAUCCACGCAACAUUGCAGUUUUCCCAUAGUGGUCUUCAUUACAGAAUUUUUAAUUAAAUAAAAGACAUAGCAUUGAAAAAAAAUCACACCUUGGUUUCUCACAGCUGUUCACCCCGGGCUGCAGCUGCUGACUUAACACACGUCCUUCCAGCAGCGACUGGACGUUGAUGAUUGAAUGUUAAGAGGUUGCAAGUGACAAUCUGAAAAUUUGCACUCUUGUGUAUAGUUUUUUCAUUUCUCUAUUUCACAGUUUCCAAAAAGACCAUUACCUCUCCUGAUAUGAUUUGUAUAAUUUGCAGUUCUAGUAAAAAGGAUGUAAAGAACUCUCAGUGGAUGCAGCUGCAAUGAACUGUCCUCUCCUAUUUCCACCCUUUGCCAUUCUCUUAUUUUAUAGUGUUGGAUACACAUGAACGGUGUUUUCUUUGUGCACUGAGGCAAGCCUAUUUUUUAAAUAUUUAGGGAGAAGUACAUUACUCUACGCUUCUUGUACAAUUUUUUUUUUAGCUUUGUUUGGAUUACAAAUUCUUUGUGCAUUCCUGAAUUUGCCUUAUUUCAUGUAAAUGUAUGUCAUUCAGUCUUUGAUAAUGAGUUUAAGGCAUCAGUGAUAUUUCUUACCUACUUGUUACAUAUAGUUUUUAAAGUAAUGACUGUGAUUGUGACCAAGUAAUGUGCACUUUUUCUUGUAACUGUGGACAUUGCUAUGCUUUUUUCUUCUAGUGUUUCUAGAAUUACUGUUCUUUACAGUUAUGUAAACAAAAAGAAUUUUUGUGAUACUGUUGGUGAAUAUAAUGUGAAAAUCUUAUUGAUAAUAUGAGUAUUUUGGAUAUACAUAGAUGCACAAACAUCUUUUAAGGUGUGGAUUUAGAGUUUGCUUAUUUAAAUGAAAAUUCAAAAAUUGAGGGCUGGUAUAAUUUUCCUGUUUGGUU